ACUCUCUUUGCGCUCCCCAGCUGUUACGCCACUUUGCGGGUGGAAGAUUAUUGCAAAAGCUAGUCAAAGCGCGCAGCUCUCGCUCGCCGCGGCUUGUGCCGAGCGCCGCAACACCUGCGCCUCAGCAGCGCUCCGCCAUCCCGUGGCCCGGGUCGCACGCGCGCGCAGCAUCCCGGGGGUUCGCAAGGGCUGAUGGAUCUCUUCGGCGGCCUCUCCGUGAAGCAAGAAGCGUCAAAACCCCCAUCACCCGCGCCGGAGGCGCCCGCGACGCCCGCCGAGCCCGAGCCGCCGGCGACCGGCCGCGAGUCGACCGGCUCGGCGUUCUCUUUCCUCAACUCGCCGCCGCCAGCGGAGCCCGAGCCAGAGCCGGAGCCAGAACCGGCACCGGAGCCGAGCCUGUUGGACCUGCGGGCCGAGCCCGAGGUGAUCCGCGCUCCGACACCACCAGUCCCGGAACCGCCCAAGCCUGUUGUGAGGAGGCCCAUUGUCAAGAAGAAGCGUGCGAAGCGCGUCGGGUACGAGCGCACCUCGGAGGAUGGUUCGGCGCCGCCGACGCCGCCUCCGCCAGAACCGGAGCCGGAGCCCGCAGCUCCGGAGCCCGAGCCCUCGCCACCAAAGGAGGAGGAGGAGGAUCCUGAUGAAGGCCUGAGCGCGGAGCAGGCCGCCUGGCUCCACCAGGCCGCCGAGGCGCCCGCGCCGGCGCCCGUUCGGGCCGCGCCGCCGCCGCGCCCGCACACAGCAUCUCCGAAAGCGGAGCGCAAGAAGCCCACGGUCAUCUCGAAGAUGGAGGAGGCCGGUAAAAGAUUGACGGGCGUCUUCAAGCGCCCGUCGCCGCGGCAGAAGAGCCCGCCCGCGCGCGCGCCGACGCCGGACGUCGCGCCCUCGUCCUCCGAAGACGAGGAGGACGACACCUCUGAUUUAGAAGCCAAAGUCCGGGCGGCCAUGGCGCGAAACGAUUCCGACGAAUCUGUGGACGAGCUUGAUUAUGCGCCGCGCGAGGAAGUCGUCGAGCCUCCCACCAAACGCCCGGGCGACGAGCUCAAGGACACGCUCGACGCGUUUGUCGUCGCGACCGAGGACUUGUGUAUGCGGUUAUCGUCGCAUGAGCGACGCGGCGUGGAAGCGCAGCGCGAAAGGCAGGCUCUGGCCGAGGAGCGCUCGUCACUCGAUGCAGCUUUGGCCAAAGUGCUCAAGGAGCAGGCGGAGUUGGCGGAAGCGGAAGAUUAUGAGGGGGCGGACGCUUUGCAAGUUCGGGUCGACGCGGCUCGUAGAGAAGUGGAGCUACGAGUCGAGCGACUCGACGAGCUCGACCGAGACGUCCAUAGCGAGGACUCGUCGAUAGAACAACGUAGGAAAGAUCAUGAACUUGCUCUCAAAGAUCUGGCGAGCUGGCUGCGACGGUUUCAUGAAGACCAGCGGUCGGUGUUAACUUGUGAAGAGGCCAAUGCCGAAAGGAAGAGUUCCACAGAGGAAAAGAGAUUAGCGGCCGAGGGUGAGAGACUGGCCAUGGAAAGAGCUCAUGUAGAUAGGGAUGCGGCGCUCGUGGCCGACGAAUUCGAGCGCAUGGAGCAGUUAAUAGAACAACAGACGUCCGGCGACUUAGAAAGGAGAGACGCGUUGGCGGACCAACGCGCUUUGAAGGAGCUCGAGCUUGAAGAUCUAAGGAGGCGCGUCGCGGUCUUAGAGGCGGAGCGAGAUGCGGUCGAGGCCGAGCUCGACGACUGCGACGGGAAGAUCAAGCUCGCGCGCUCGAAGUUCGAGCGGCAACUCCAGAGGUUAGCGCAGCGCGACCAGAUGGUCAAGGCGUCCGCCAAGGAUUGCGAAAGGGAACAGCAUGCUUUGGAUGCGGAGAGAGCGCAGCAGGCUUGUUCUGGCGCUCUCGUUGCUGCGGACCUAUCGUCUCGAAGAAGGGUCGCGGAGACUGCCGCAUCGGAGCUGGACGCGGCCGACAGAUUAGCGAAUUCAAAACCGGUGUGGCAGGCGGACGAGGUCGACGAUGAUGAUGAAAGCUUAAGGCAGCCUCGUAAAAAUUGUGAAGAAGCCGAGGCAUCGUUGAGGGAGGCGUGCAGUAAGCGAGACGCGUUGGACGACGACGCUCUUAUACUCAGAAACGCCCUGAAGGCUUUAGAUGACCGGCUGCCGGAAUUAGAACGCCAGAAAAAAGCAGCCGCCGCAGCCAGGAACUACAAGGAGGCCGGCGCGCUCGCCAAGGAGGCCACUGAAUUAAAGACGACGCGCGCGGCGAAGGAGGAGAAGCUCGCGGCAUUGUCGGAACCGCGGUCCGCGGCCUCGAAAGCGGUGGAUGAAGCGCGAUCAAAACGCGACGAGGCUCGAAGUGCCUUGGACGCCGUCGCGCGCGAGGCUGAUGUGGUUGUGUUGCGGUCGCUUCGUAGGAGAGCCCGCGCCCUGAAGCGGUGCCGGCGCGCUUUGUCGGGGCAGACCGGUCUGCGGCUGGACGCGGCCGCGGACGCCCUGGUGCGCUGCGAGCUCGCGACGCUCGACGCGCGGUGUUCUGACUUAAAAAGGAAGAGCGGCCUCGACGACGUGGCGGAGUCGUCGGACUCGGAGGCGUCGCAGAACGGUGUUGUUGAGGAGGAGGCGCCGGCGUCGCCGGAGCCGGCGGAGGAGGCGCCCGCCGUCGAGGAGGAGGACUCGCCGGAGGCCGCCGAGGCGAAAGCGGCGCUGGCCGCGCGCCUCGCGGAGCUGGAGAAAGAAAUAGAGACGGCUGUCGAGGCGGAGGACUACGAGCGGGCCGACGAGCUCAACACGGCGGCGGACGGGCUGCGCGCGGAGCUGGACGCGCUUUAGUAAUGACAC